AUGAAGUUCUCCCUCCUCGCCUCUCUCGCGGCGUCGCUCGCAAUCGCCGCCCCGCUCGAGCCAACCAGGACCAUCGAGAAGCGCGCGACGACCGUCUGCGGCGACUGGGACUCGGUGACCACCGGCAGCUACAUCGUGUACAACAACCUCUGGGGCAAGGACUCGGGCACGGGCUCGCAGUGCCUGACCGUCGACGGCAUCACCAACGGCCUGCUGAAGUGGUCGACCUCGUACUCGUGGUCGGGCGGGCCGUACAACGUCAAGUCGUACCCCAAUGCCGUCCUGCAGGCUUCAGCCGCCCGAGUCUCAGCCAUCUCGUCCAUCCCCUCGAAGUGGCAGUGGAGCUAUACGGGAUCCAACCUCGUGGCCAACGUGGCCUACGACCUCUUCUCAAACGACGACUGCGGCAGCACGCCCCUCUACGAGAUCAUGAUCUGGCUCGGGGCCCUCGGCGGCGCCGGCCCCAUCAGCUCGACCGGCUCGCCCAUCGCCACCGUCACCGUCGGCGGCAUCUCGUGGAGCCUGUACAAGGGCGUCAACGGCCAGAUGACCGUCUUCAGCUUCGUCGCCUCGUCGUCGCAGACCAACUACAGCGGCGACCUCAACGACUUCGUCAAGUACCUCACCUCGUCCCAGGGGUACCCCUCCUCCCAGUGCCUGUACUCCAUCGGCGCCGGCACCGAGCCCUUCACGGGGACCAACGCCGUCUUCUCGACCACGGGGUACUCGGCCUCGCUGUCGGCGAGCAGCGGCGGCGGCGGUGGUGGCACGACCCCGACCUGUGCGGCGCUGUAUGCCCAGUGUGGCGGGUCGGGGUGGACUGGAGCAACGUGCUGCACUUCGGGGACGUGUACAUAUUCCAAUCAGUGGUAUUCUCAGUGUUUGUAG